GCUCUUCGUUCAUCUCUCGCUCGCCCUGUCGCUCUCUCUCUCUCUCUCUCUCUUCUCUGUGUCUUGCAUGCAACGCGUUCGGAAUUUACCGAUCAUUUCCUUUUCUGACUACCUCUCUCCCCCUUUCUCUUUCUUCUUUAACGCUUUUCUGCCUUCUAUCUGAUGCUAAAGCCAUCUCCCUCCUCCUCCUCCAUUGUUCUAUCCUCUGUUUCCUUCUGUUUUUGGGUGGUUUCAUAAGAGGGGAAGAAAGGGAGGGAAGGGGAGAUCCAGAGAGCGAGAGUGAACAAGACGAGGGGGGAAGGAGGAAGAUGAAGAGUGCGGAGCAGGAGAAGUCUCUCUUCGGCAUAUCCCUCUCCACAAGGCCUAAGUGGCAGCAAUUCCUCCUAUGUACCUCCGGCUUCUUCUUCGGCUACCUGGUUAAUGGCAUAUGCGAGGAAUAUGUGUACAACCGUCUGGGUUUCAGCUAUGGGUGGUACUUCACAUUCGUGCAAUGUUUCGUUUAUUUGUUCUUAAUACACCUCCAAGGUUUCCGCAUAAAGCACAUGGUGAACCCAUGGAAGACCUAUGUGAAACUCUCUGCUGUUCUCAUGGGAUCACAUGGUUUAACCAAGGGAUCCCUUGCUUAUCUCAAUUACCCUGCCCAGUUAAUGUUUAAAUCAACCAAGGUUCUGCCCGUGAUGAUAAUGGGGGCGUUUAUCCCAGGAUUGAGAAGGAAAUACCCCUUCCAUGAAUAUGUAUCAGCUGUACUGCUAGUUAUUGGCCUGAUCCUUUUCACGUUAGCAGAUGCCAAUACCUCUCCAAAUUUCAGCAUAAUCGGUGUGAUCAUGGUAUCUGCCGCUCUGGUUAUGGACGCUUUCCUGGGCAACUUACAGGAAGCCAUUUUCAAGGUCAAUCCAGAGACCACGCAGACUGAAAUGCUGUUCUGUUCAACGGUGGUAGGGUUGCCCUUCUUGUUAGCUCCAAUGAUCUUGACAGGAGAGUUGUUCCGAGCAUGGAAAUCGUGCUCUCAGCAUCCGUACGUGUAUGGCGUCCUCGUGUUUGAAGCCAUGGCCACUUUCGUUGGUCAAGUCUCCGUCUUGUCCCUGAUCGCCAUUUUUGGCGCCGCAACGACAGCCAUGAUCACCACGGCUAGGAAGGCAGUGACCCUCCUCCUCUCGUACAUCAUCUUCACCAAGCCACUGACCGAACAGCAUGGCACCGGCCUGCUUCUGAUAGGCAUGGGGAUCACCCUCAAGAUGCUGCCCGACUCUGUGGCCUUUCCGGAGAGGCGGACGCCGGUGAAGCCACCGAUGCCGGAAAAGGAGGACGCCACCGGCGGAGGGGAGGACGAGGAGAGCAAGAAGUUGAUCUCGACAGUUUGAUUUUAUCAUAUACCCAUCCUUCCACGUUCCCUUUCCGAGCUUUACAAAACUUACAGAAGGAAGAGAAGCUGAGAAAAUAGUAAAACGAGAGGGGAAUGGUCGUUUUUCGCAAGAGGAGUGAUCGUUUUGGGCAAUGGUGGAGAAGGGGCAAGCAAUUGUGAUGGGUAGCGUGUAUACACAAUUCUGGUUAUGUGGCGUCAUUAUCUAUGUGGUGUACAUGAUGGAGAAAGGAGAAGAGUAGGAGUUUUCAAAUAAGAGAGGAAGAUGAUCACUAAAAAUAAUGGUUCGUCUUUCUUGAAGUUUUUUAAUUUUAAAGAAGGUAUGGUUAACUAUAGUUACAUAUGGGGUCGGGUCAGGAAAGCAGAGUGGAAGUUGUAUUUGAAUAGGAGUGGAACCAUGAUUUGGAUCACCAACCCAUCUCGUUUCAUCGCCUUUACAAAGAUUCAAAUUAUAUGUUGGUAAAAGUACAAAGAUUUAUUGCAAAACAAGUGGACAUAUAUAUACGUCUCUCAAUGUACUAUUCUUUUGUUGAUUGGGUUAGAUUGUUGUUAUCAAUAUGGGAUAAAAGACUCUUUGUGUUUC